AUGAGAAAACAACUCAGUGAACUCCAAACUGACAAUAUCAGACUAACCUCUGCUCUCAACAGUCAUGAAGAAGCUAUUGGUGAUAUUUUAAUUAACGAUGCUACCUAUGCAGGGAAGUUAAAACACAGAUACAAGGAGACACUGAGUAAAUUGGAUGCUUGCAGCGAUGUAUCUGGAGUGAAUCCCACAUAUAUAAAUCCCAUAACACAGAACCCUAUAGUAAGGUACAAUCUGUUUGUCGAACAAACCAAGUCAAACUAUGUUGAAGCUCGGAAAACCUACAAGAAAGCUAUUAUCCAUGCCAGAUUAAAUUUCAAUGCUGAAUAUAUAUCCUCUGCAUCUAAUAGCUGUAAGGCAGCAUGGGAAAUUAUUAACAGAUAUAAAGGUAGCUCAAAUGCCUGUAAGAUCAGCCACAACCUAACCCCUGAUGACUUCAAUUACACCUUCAUUGCAACAGUGAAAGAAGCAUGUAGUCAGGCUCCGCCUUCUUUGGCGGUUUCCGGUCAACUUGUGAGCGGCUACCAGGUUCCACCCCUACGUUUUGUGUGGAAACUAGUUUCAAGUGAGGAAGUAUUGAAGUGUGUCCAAAGCAUCAAAAGCAGUUCCAGUAAAGACAUCUUCGAUAUCAGUGUUGAUCUGGUGAAAUUUGUUUUGCCUGUGAUACUAGAGCCCCUUAUGGCUAGCAUCAAUCAUUGUCUUUCUACAGGCCUGUUUCCUGACUUGCUUAAGUUGUCAAAAGUUGUACCUAUUUUUAAAAAGGGUGACCCCUCCCUGGCUGAGAACUAUCGACCUAUAUCUGUGGUGCCCACCUUUUCCAAAAUCAUUGAAAAAGCUGUGAUAUACCAGGUUAGUGAAGUUUUUGAAUCUAAUUCUCUAUUUUCUAAAAAUCAAUUUGGCUUUCGCAAGGGUUUGUCCACUGUGGGCACAGUCGAGCUUCUAGUCUCAGGAGUAAUAGGUGGUUUUGAACACUGCUCUAGCACACUUGCCAGCUUGUGUGAUUUGACAAAGGCUUUUGACUGUGCUCCACAUGACAUCCUCCUUAACAAAUUACAACAUUAUGGCCUAAAUGGUGUUGAGCUAAACUUCUUUCGAACUUACCUGUCUGAUCGCACUCAGAGGGUGUACUUCAACAACACACUCUCUGAAGCCGCCUGUAAACCAUUCAAGCUCCGCUGGUGGAAGAGGUUUUCUUCCCUCCGACCAAUCGUCCCUAGGAGGUAUAACAAUACUGAAGGGUUUGUCAAAGGAAAAUCUUUGUGGCAUCUGAUCAGAGAUGAUGUGCAGAGCAUUCUCCUGAAUAAGGAUGCUAAUUCUGCAGUCUCAAUGCUGCAGGCUGAGGUCAGACCACGGAGACAUAAAGCCAAUACAAAAGCCUCGGUUUAA